AUGGUGUCGUGUCAGGGGUGUGGUGAAGAGACGACUUCUCGUCUGUGUUGUCCGAAAUGCUCAGAGUUCGGACGCACCACCUUCUUCUGUUCGCAGGACUGUUUUGUUAGCAGUUGGCCGUCGCACAGCAAGCUCCAUGUUAUCAUCAAGCAGUCUGCUAUGAACGCCUCGCCUUUGUCUUCGGACGCAUGCACAGAUGACGGCUUCGAUGAUUCCGCAACUACUGCGGCUUCCUUGCCUACUCCGUGGGUAUCUUCCACUCUUUCCACGCGUCCUAGCAGCCUCGUGUCUUCAACAGACACCCCAAGUUAUUCCAGAACCUUAGGAAGUGGAGGGGACAACGCUUUCCCUAAUUCACGACUUGGAACAGAGCUGCCUGUCGUCCCGCCUCGCUCGUCGCUACAUCCAUCCUCGUCGCUUCUCACGUCGCGCACACCGGCGGUCCCGUCCACGUUACACGAGUCGCAGGCGGACUCAGACGCCGAGUCGCGGCAGCACGAAUCAUCUCCGAGAAGCCACACCUCGUCGGGCGUCUUCGGCAAGGUUCGCAACUUCCUGACCGCUGCCGGAGACAUCCGAGGGUCUGCAUCUGCUCUUCCUACCUCUCUAGAUCCUCGCAGCAGUGGCCGUCAACGCCAUGCCAGUAAGGGAGGCGGCGGUGGAGCAUACACGAGCGCGGCUAAACGGCUGGGUGCGUUGGGAGCCUUGACUCGCGCCUCCUCGUCGACUUCAGCAGGCCGACGGUGCUGCUGGAUGGUUUUUUGUUUGCUUGCGUGCGCUGUCGCGUCCGUGUGGCUGAUGCGACGCAUGCUCUCUGACGCUUCUGAUCAGAAUGGAAUGUUCGACGUUGCGCAGGGGGACCUUUCCUCUAAUUCCAGUGGCGCUGCGCCAGGCGGCGCAGGGGACAGUACAGUUGUCAGCUCGAUGUUCGCUCAUAUUGGAGGGCGACGCUACGCCGACGAGUUGUCUGCGCUCAACGAGAGCGUUCAGGACCUUCGGAAUGAGCUCGCGGCGGUGACGACCCUCGUGCAGCAACACGCGGCAGUGAUAUCUCAGUUUCUCGAAAAACCGUCUUCAACUGGACGACGCCAAGGAGGAGCAGGUGCGUUGAACCAUCCAAUGUCUGCGUCUGUGGAAGGCCCGCCGUUGCCCGAAGCUCCUCACCUGCGAUUUGGACGGGGUGGCGGGUCGGGAGGUGAAGCGGGAAACAGAGCCAAUGAUUCUUCAGGGACAGGAAUGGAAAACGCGGAACCGGGCGACGCGAAUUUCAGCGGAGACAGGCCUGACAGCACUCGCCAGGGUGCGGGAGUAUUACUGCAGAAGUCUUUUGGAGCGAGUGUUGCACCGGAAGGGGACGCGAUACCGCGCGAGACGCGGGAGAGUCCGGCCCCAGCAGAAGAUACAGCGGGAAUGGUUUCUGUUCCCGACGCAGGCAGAGAGACAGAUGCACGCGACUCUCGGAAUGCUUUCGCAUCUGGCGGCAGGGGACCUGCUGAUGGCCAUUUGCCCCUGAGUAAUGACAAGAAUAGUGCUGGCGCGACCAACGAGAGCCCAGCGGGCGCCGUUGAAGGCGCAGAUUUGGCGAAAAAAGUGAAUAACGCCGACUCAGUAAUGGAGGGAGAAGCUGCGAAGCAGACAGGGUCGCGAAGUGCUGCAGCCGCUCUGGGGGCAUUUCAGGCGCGUCACGGUGAGAGCUCAGCCGCGGCCGGAGGUGCUGAAGAGACUAUAGAGGAGGAGGGGAGCGAAGGUGACGGUGGAGAUCAGCGUAUGUUUUUGGGCCUCAUGGAAGGGAAGGGCGUCGGCGCAAAGAGAGGAAAACGAGGCGACAGGUUGUGA